GAUAUCCUGGACCCCCAGCUCAUCCGUGACCUCCGCCAACGGUGUCCCAGGGGAAGGUCGAGGGCCGUUCCUCAGAGGGGGUAAUGCUCUAUGCUAUGAAAGGCACACAGGGGUAUUGCAUUGCAUUCAUCGCCAAUCCUGACCAGUUCAGCUUAUUUUUGGCCAAUGGGAUGUUGGUGCCAAUGUCAUAUUUUCUAUAGAGCAGGGAGGUUAUUCUAGCAGUAAAUUUCUAUGCCUUAGCAUUCCAUAAGAUUAUUGUAUAGGUUUACCUCUUGGAGGCUCACAGCAUAGGUUGGCUUAGGGUGUGCUUUCCCAUCUUGUUAAUGUUAGUCUUGUCACAAGGUACAUUUACUGUCUGAUCCAGUCUCCCAAUAUACUAGCACACCAAACAUGUAAUUAAUAACCACACUUGUCUUUCAAACGGUUACAUAGAAAGGUUUUGAUGUAUCUGUUAUUCUCAUCAGCAAGUAAGUUUUAUUUUAACCUCAAGGAUGUAUUGUUAUUGAGUGACCCAAAUCAAAAAUUUAAAGAUUUUUACUGGUACCUCCAUACUCAUUCAUUAAUUAUACACAGGGCAGGAAGAGAAGGGAAAAUCCCUCCCCUUUCUUCCAAACACAUAAAUUGUUGUGCAUGCAUGGACGUAUCUGUCUUUUUUAGAUCUCAGUCUUGGGUCUCUGGUCAAUGGUCCCUGGUAAAUCUGCUGAUUCCUCUCACUGGCACUCACUAUUGCUUCUGGUUACGAAUUAUUGCCUGUUUUUCUGUCCUGUUCUCUGUACCCGUUAUGUGCUUUUGCCUGUCUGGAUCUUUUGGAUUGUGUUGGAUUUUCGACUAUCGCCUGUAUUGUGGUUUACGAGACUUUGCUGAUUCUGCUGCUCUGUUGUGUGAUAAUAAACCGCCAAGUUUUUCCCUGAUUUUUCUGAUCUGCUUUUGAGUGAUACCCCAGAACCUGACAAACUUAUUGGCUGGCUGCAUGUACCUGUUGCAUUUUGGGAUAUACAAGGAGCGACAAGCUGUGACCAGCUUUUGACCAACACGCCUGUCAAGGUCCAGUCCAAGAAGUCCAUAACCACAGAAGACCAACACGCCUGUCAAGGUCCAGUCCAAGAAGUCCAUAACCACAGAAGUAGCAUUGGAGACGAUGGCUGUAAACAUCCCAGGGCUGAUAGCUGUAGCUGUGUUUUAUAUGAUCAUUCUGGCAAUUGGAAUAUGGGCAUCCCGAAAGUCCAAGCAAUUGGAGAAGAAUAGCAGUGGGACAGGGACAGAAGUCACCUUGGUCGCUGGGCGAAAUCUAAAUAUCUUUGUGGGAAUAUUCACAAUGACAGCUACCUGGGUUGGAGGAGCCUACAUCCUUGGAACAUCUGCUGCUGUCUACAACCCUACAAAAGGCUUGAUUUGGGCUUUAAUGCCUCUGGAUUUUGCACUUAAUUUUUUAUUAGCUGGAUUUUUCUUUGCUAAACCAUUGAGGGGAAAGGGGUAUGUAACUAUGAUGGAUCCCUUUCAGCUGAAAUACGGGGACGGUCUGACCUGUACUCUCCUGAUUCCUGCGCUGAUUGGUGAUUUGCUGUGGGUAGCAUGCAUAAUGGCGGGUUUAGGAGGAACCAUAAGCAUGAUUCUGGAUUUCUCGUCUUUCUACUCGAUAUGCAUCUCAGCUGCUGUGGCUAUAAUCUAUACGCUUCUUGGAGGAAUGUUCUCUGUGGCGUACACUGAUAUAAUACAGCUGGUGUUCAUCUUUGUUAGUAUGUGGAUGUGUGUUCCAUUCCUGAUGGUGAAUCCUGCAUCCACUGACAUCACGCUCACAGCUUUCAAUGGGACUUUUCAAGCUCCUUGGGUGGGAACACUGGAGCCAGAGGAUUUGGGGCUGUGGAUAGAUGAAUUCCUGGUUUUGAGUCUUGGAGGUCUGUCCUAUCAAGCCAUGCAUCAGAGAAUUCUGUCAGCAUCAUCGGUCAGAGAUGCCCAGGUCAUAUGUUUUGCUGCAGCAGGUUUUUCAUUCAUCAUGGGCAUUCCUUCAUUACUUGCCGGGGCAGUGGCUGCAUCGACAGACUGGAACAUGACCAGUUAUGGUUUGCCAUCCCCCUAUGACCGUGGUGAAGCUGGUAAUAUUCUCCCAAUAGCUCUGCAGCACCUCACUCCCAACUACAUCUCCAUCUUGGGGAUCGGGGCUAUAGCAGCCGCAGUGAUGUCAUCCAUGGACUCUUGUCUCCUGGCCUCUGCUUCCUUAUUUAGCAAAAACAUUUACAAAACCAUAAUUAGAAAGCAGGCUUCUGACAGAGAGCUGCAGUGGGUGAUCAAGAUCUCAGUGACAGUGGUUGGGCUGGUAGGCAUGGGGAUGGCCUUCAUAGAGGAUAGUGUGCUGCCAUUGUGGAUCCUCAGUACUGAUGUGCUGUACACUGUGAUUCUGCCCCAGCUUGUCUGUGUUCUCUUCUUCCCUGUCUCCAACGGUUACGGUGCUACAGGCGGUUACAUCGUGGGAGUGGUGCUGAGAGUGCUGAGCGGGGAACCUCUGCUCCGUCUGCCCCCUGCCAUCCACUUCCCCGGGUGCAGGCUAAUCGACGGCGUCUAUGUCCAGUACUUCCCCUACCGAAGUCUGACAAUGCUGAUCGCCCUUUGCUCCAUUCUUCUGAUUUCCUAUGUGACAACUCUGCUGUUUGAAAGAGGCCUUCUGUCAAAGAGGUGGGAUUUAAGCCAGCUUGGGACUGAUGACCAUGCACCUGAUGGCUGUGAUAAAGUAAAAGCUUACACUGACAACAACCAGCCUACAGCUUCAGAUCAACUGCUUGACACAAAAUGUUAGAGCAGGUGUUUUUUUUUAAUGCAUAUCAUCAUUCUAUUGAUGCUCUUCAGUGAAAAUUCCACUAAAUUAUUUAAUGGGCUAGGUCAUAUUAGAAAAACUCUAAAAAAGGAACAUUUUUCAUCAUUUUAGCUCAUUGUUUUUCCAUUUUUGUUUGUUGUUAUUUGUUUCUAUGCAAAUUCUGUUCUCAAUCCAGUACCAUUAGAAUACAUUUUAAUAAGAUUUCAUAUUUAUCA